AUGAUCGACAGUCUCAUGUCGAUCCAGGCUUACAACACCGGCAAACAUGUGGAGAUAUCCCCCCUGGGCCCUCUACAGCGUCUCGGCGGUAAACAUGUGGACCCAAUGCCUCUCAAGAAGUACAUACCGCAUACUGAGGCAGCGACGGGUGUAACGCCUUUCCACCAACUUGUGCAAGAUAGAUUGGCAGGCACAAAGGCCAACACCGUCUUUGUUAAUACCAAUUUGCAACGGCGCGAGACCAAGGAUGACUUGAUGCAGCUCUUACAGGAGCAUAUCGAGAGAAAUGUCGUCAAAAUCGGGAAGCGCUUCUAUCGCCAGAAGACUGGUAUACCACAGGGCUCGGUUUUAUCGAGCAUCUUGUGCAACUUCUUCUACGCUCAACUGGAACGCGAUGUGCUUGGAUUUGUGCUUGAUGAAGAUUCAUUGCUUCUUCGUCUGCUUGACGAUUUCCUCUUGAUCAGUAUCAACGAAGAGUAUGCUCAGCGCUUCGUACGCGUUAUGCACAAAGGCCACCCGGAAUACGGCGUGGUGAUAAAGCCUUCAAAGUCGAUGGCAAACUUCGAUGUCACGACAGAAGAAGGAGACUGGAUAGCGACAAGCGGCUCAGAUGGUAAAUUCCCGUAUUGCGGCGUCUGUAUCGAUACGACGACGCUGGAAGUCAGCAAGAAAACGGAACGCCUUACAAAGGCCGGUAGGUGGCAUUGCGCGCACAAUGUCUAUUUGCGGCUUCAGAUGCUAACCGCACCAGGUGUUGAGGACUCUUUGACUGUAGAUCUGACCAAAAUGCCUGGCCAAACGUUCCAUCGCAAAGCUCUCAAGUAA